AUGUCGACGGUGGCAUGGCGUGGUCUCGACAUCGACACGUGCGUCGGGCUUCUGAAGAGCGUGCGACUCGCUGCUCUUCGCAAGAUUCGCAGCACUUCUGGAGUAACCGCAAGCCUGCUACGAAGCAAACUCGAGAGGCUAGGACUUUUGCUGGACGCAAUCGACUUCGCGCAGCCCACUCGGCCUUUUUUGCAGACGCUUCUGGACCUCUUGGGCCUCCUGCUCGAUCGACUGGAGGAUCUGAUACUGGAAGCCAUUAGAACAAGUGUUCAAGAUGGAUCGACAGCGACGAUGACUAAGCUGGCUCUCCUGGCUAGCUUGAUGUCUGAGAAGGGAGAGGCAGAGGCUGCUGAGUCUUUAGAUCUGGAGCCACUGCAAGAUGCUCAGCGCGCGGACGACGUCCUAGAUACUCUCCAUAGCUUCCUUGAGGCGCUUGAGCGGUGUCCGCGCGCUACUGUCGAUCCGCAGGCCUUUACUCCAUCGGACAGUGCGGACAGUGUGGGCUUGCAAGACAGCGGCGAUGCUUGGCGCAUUCUGUUUGAUCUUCUCUCGAAACGCAUCGUCGAGUGCUCCUCGCAGCAUGAAGUCCAUCAAACGAGACUCUUUCUCGGCAGCUUGGCAGAUCAGGUCGAUGCUUUGCGGUUACUCUGCUCGGGUUCGAAUUCGCAAAAAUGGUACGCCGUCGACUUCCUUUUCAAAACAUCGAACAGGACCAUCACUCAGGGAAGCCUCUCAUCUGCGUGCGAACUGUGCAAUGUGCUGAGCAAGUCGCCCAAGCAUCGCGCGACCGAGAUCUUCUAUGACAAAGAAAAGAUAUGGCAUGUUGACCGAGGUAUGGUGCUCGAGCCCUCCCGAAGAGAUCCGCAGCUUCAGUCGCUGCAAGCCUGGCUGCUUGCACAACCAGCCCACAGAUACCGCAAAGCUUUGCAAUGCAUUCUCGCACAAUGGCUCAACUGCCUUUACGGCACGCCUUGGUUGCCAGAGUCAUAUGAUCUGGACAGCGUCUGCAUAGAUGGAAACCUCGCCAAGGAUGGCUAUCGUACACCAUAUGUCAAGUGUCGUUCGUGGCAGCCGAGCGAAUGCCCACAGGAUGGAAUCCCGGACGCCGCAUUCAUGAUCCGAUUCGGAAUACUCAUGCUCAGAAUUGAAUUUCCAGGAGUCAUCGAGCCCUUGAUCAUCGAGGGUGAGGACACAUUGGAUGCUGAAGAACUGGACGAGCUUCUCCAGGAUCUUUUGGAAGACGAAAGGAUUUGCGAGAAUCUCGAGGUUCGCAUGAGGAGCGUUCUGGAGGUCUGUCAGAAUUGGGACGCUGCGUCUCUCCCAGAACGCCGAGUCAUACUUGAAAAGAUUGUUGCGCCUCUACUGGAAGAAUUGAGGUUUCGAUUCGAAUUGGACGUUCCUGAUGUUCCUGACAGGACCGUAGUAGCGCAGGCCGGGAGCCAGGCUAUGCCGUCAAUAUUCGGAAUCAACGGCUCGGGACAGAUCCAGAAAAGAGUUAAGAUUGCCGUGAUCGACACUGGAAUCAACGAAAAGUCUCCAUCUGUCCACGGCCAUCUCUUCAGGAUCAAGCAAGAACGGAACAAGUUGCACGAGGAAGCACUCAGGAUGGGGCCCAUCGUCGCAAAGCAGUCAUUUGUCGGCGGUGACGGAUGUGUCAAUGAUGCAUAUGGUCAUGGAACAAGGGUUCUGAGUCUGCUCUUGCGGACUGCACCCGAUGCGGACUUCUAUAUCGCGAAGACCAGCACAAGAGCGAACGACGACGAUGCAGCUUCCGCAGAUCAUAUUAUUCAGGCACUUGACUGGGCCAUGGCACACGAAGUAGACCUGAUCAACAUGUCCUUCGGGUUUACGAGGCAACCAGAAGACGGGAGGUUGCAGCAGAAGUUUCGUGAUGUCCAUGCAAAAGGCAUCAAGAUGUUUGCUGCAGCAGCGAACCACGGACGCAACGGUCCCCGAUCCUUUCCCGCGAGUGCACAUGAGGUGAUAUGUGUGAAUGCAUCGUCCGGCCAAGGUGUAUGGAUAGGCAAUCUCAAUCCAUCCGCGACUGGCCACGCCGACAAAUGGAAUACGCUCGGAACUGGCAUCGAGUUUAUCGAGGCAUCGAAGAAGACGUACAAAUCCGGAACCUCUUAUGCUACGCCGUUGGCUGUUGGAAUCGUCGCGAAUGCCAUAGAUGUCAUGAGAUAUCUGCAGCACCAGAACCUCCUUUCAUCCAACCGGGCAAAUUACUUUCAAACAUACCAAGGCGUCGAGGAGCUCAUGAAGAUGAUGAGUACAGACGGUUUCCUGGCUCCCUGGACUCUUUGGAACGGAAAUGACAUUACACCUUCGGGUUUGGCGGCUAGACUGGAAUGGCAAAGCAGGUGA